AGGAGGGCGAGGGGCUCGCGUUGAUGUGCUGCCCAGCGGCUGCCGAGUGUUUUAUUGAAGAGUUUUUUUUUUUUUUUUUUUUUUGGUACACCCGCCUCCCUGUGAUACCGCGAAGCCGUCAGAGGCAAGGAAAAUAGGCUGAAGACAGAGGAAUAGAGGAAUAGGAGAAGACGGAGGAGAUGGGAUAUCCAUAACUUUGAGUUCUGCUUUAUGAACAAGGGAAGGGGCCUAACGACUCUACUGAAAGGGUGUUGGUUCUGCUUGAGGCUGCUGUCCUACUUUGUCAAUACUUUUCUAGUCUUAGCGGGUGAUGUCACAGCAUCUUUGACAUCCAGACCCCAGUAAUCUACUAGUUAACAGGCAGGAGCAUUUGAAAACAAUCAUGGAUGACUAUGAUAUCAGGUCUGCUGCCAGCAUUUUAGCAUCUGUUAAGGAGCAAGAAGCUCGUUUCGAGCGGCUUACCCGGGCACUCGAGGAAGAGCGGCGCAAUGUCUCCUUGCAACUUGAGCGUGCCAAUCAGCCAGCAGACCGAAUGAGCAUUUGCAACAUUGGCAAUGGUCAGCCACUGGCAACCGCCUGGCAGCAGCUUGUCCUGCAGAUGAAGGACCUAGCUUGUACUUCUGACUCCUAUGUGCAUGAACAAAGCCCCAGUAACCAGACAUCAAUUGCAAUGAUGCAAGAACCUCAGGAAAUGGUGGAAGAAACAGUUACUGUGGAGGAAGACCCAGGCACUCCUACUUCCCAUGUGUCAAUUGUCACUUCUGAAGAUGGAACCACAAGGAGAACUGAAACCAAGGUUACUAAAAUGGUCAAAACAGUCACCACCAGAACAGUGCGUCAGGUCCCGCUUGGACCCGAUGGCCUGCCGUCCAUGGAUGGCUCGUCUCCCAUGGGCAGCUACACAGAUUCGAUUGACAGAAGGUACAUGAAGAACGGGGAGCGGUACAUCACGCCACAAGCAUCGUCCACGUUAACCAGAUCUUACAACAGCUACAACGAUUCUUACCCUGACAGCCACGAGGGCCAGUAUCGCCCUUAUAUCAGUCACGAUGGCUAUGGAGAUCUAUCAGACAACUACGGCAGCUUGUCCCGUGGUGUCAACUACCGUCCUCGCUACGCCUACAUGCCAGGAAACAGUUACCGGCCAGACGAUGGUAGCUUCACUUUGCCAAGCAGAAGGGAUAACUACGGUCCGGUUGCCCAGCCUCAGGUGCCAGUGGGCAGCAACGUUGACUUGAACCGCUCUCAGCCAGAACGCUUCCAGCCAGAGCCCUACGGACUGGAGGAUGAUAACCGCAGCCUUGGAGUAGAUGAUGAAGGAUAUGAACUGGAUCCUGAUUAUUCUACCGUGAACCGAAGAACAUCUGCAGGAGUGUCAGAGAGAGGAAGACCUCAUAAAGGAAGGGGCUACGAUGACCCCAUCGAGACAGAGAUGGUUGAAGAAAGGAUCCCUUACCUUCAUGGUGGCUAUGCAGCACCGCUGGCACAGCCAGAGAGAGGAAGCAUGGCUAGCAUUGACCGCCUGGGGAAGCGCUCCCCCUCUAUUGACAGCAUUCGCAAAGACCCCAGGUGGAGGGACCCUGACCUCCCCGAAGUAAUCGCCAUGCUCAGCCACCCUAUUGAUCCAGUCAAGUCUAAUGCCGCGGCCUACUUGCAGCACCUGUGCUAUGAGAAUGACAAAAUCAAAAAGGACGUGAGGCACCUUAAAGGGAUACCCAUCUUGGUGGGCCUACUCGACCAUCCGAAGCCAGAGGUCCAUCGUAAGGCCUGCGGGGCUCUCAGAAACAUCUCCUACGGGAAGGAUAAUGAAAACAAGGUGGCUAUAAAGAACUGUGACGGCAUCCCCGCUUUGAUCAGACUUUUGCGAAAAACAAAUGACAUGGAAGUCAGAGAGCUGAUUACAGGCACCCUAUGGAACUUGUCUUCCUACGAGCCCCUGAAGAUGGUCAUCAUCAACCACGGCCUGCAGACGCUGACCAACGAGGUGAUUAUACCCCACUCAGGCUGGGAGAGCGAGCCGAACGAGGACUCGAAGCCUCGCGAUGCUGAGUGGACGACUGUCUUCAAGAACACUUCUGGUUGUUUACGGAACGUAAGUUCAGAUGGAGCAGAAGCACGCAGAAGACUAAGAGAGUGUGACGGCUUGGUGGAUGCCCUCCUUCAUGCCCUCCAGUCUGCAGUUGGCAAGAAGGAUACGGACAAUAAGUCCGUGGAGAACUGUGUGUGCAUCAUGCGGAAUCUUUCCUAUCACGUCCACAAAGAAGUCCCCGGAGCUGAUAAGUAUCAAGAACUAGAUGCCAGUCAGACUACUAGCACAGGUGGCUCUCAGAAAAAGAAGAAAGAUGAUGCUGGUUGUUUUGGUGGAAAAAAAGCUAAAGAGGAAUGGUUCAAUCAAGGAAAGAAGAAUGGAGAUUUGGACAGGAAUUUUGAUACACUUGAUUUGCCUAAGCGGUCUGAAGCAGCAAAAGGCUUUGAAUUACUGUACCAGCCAGAUGUGGUCCGCCUGUACCUCUCCAUCCUCACCGAAAGUCAGAAUUUCAACACUCUGGAAGCUGCAGCGGGGGCUUUGCAGAACCUCAGUGCUGGCAACUGGAUGUGGUCCACGUACAUCCGUGCAACAGUGAGGAAGGAGAGAGGCUUACCAGUGCUUGUGGAGCUGCUCCAGUCUGACUCCGACAAGGUUGUAAGAGCUGUGUCAAUUGCCCUGAGAAAUCUUUCCAUGGAUCGCCGCAAUAAAGAUCUUAUAGGUAGUUAUGCCAUGGGUGAGCUGGUAAGAAAUUUGCCCAGCAGGCAGCAGAGAUCCGCAAAGAACCUGGAAGAGGAUACAGUGGUUGCAGUGUUGAAUACGAUCCAUGAAAUCAUUACUGACAGCUCAGAAAAUGCAAGGUCUCUGAUCCAGACACAGGGCAUUCAGAAGCUGGUAGCUAUCAGCAAGUCGAGCCAGUCUCCUAGAGAAACAAAAGCAGCAUCUCACGUUCUUCAGAUGAUCUGGAGUUACAAAGAACUACGAAAUGCCUUGCAGAAGGAUGGGUGGAACAAAUCACACUUCCAGUCUGUUUCUGCAGCUCCAAAGGGUUCCAAGGGUACUGCUGGCAGGUCUGCCUAUGACGACAGCACUUUGCCUCUGGUGGAUAAAAGUCAAGAUAACGAGAAGGCUGGGAGUCGUGAUAUGAUACCUAUGGAUGAACUUGGUCCAGAUGGGUACUCCACCAUCGAUCACCGGGACAAGGAGCGCAAGUACAAGACUAGUGAUAACACAGGAGAUGCCUCAGAGAAAGAACCUUUAAAAAAUGACACAAAUAGGAAAAACAUUAACAGGAGUAACAGGGCUUCGGUGAAUCUGGUGGAUGCCCGUGACAUUAAACCCCAGCCUGUUGACUCUUGGGUCUAAUUUGCAUGCAUGGGCUAGAGUCCAACCACAUUUUUUUUAAUUGAGGGGGAGGAAAUAAAAGCAUUGAAUUGACACAGAGGAUCUCAUCAGUCACCACUGCCAUUCAGAUCUGGAGGGCGCUGCAUCACUGACGAGGCUGCAGAUUCUAGGAGGAUGUGGGGAGAAAACACAACUGACUGCCAUUGCCAGCCCCAGAGCACCAUGCCUUACAGCGAGACGAUUUGCUUUUUAAAUCAGUUCUAUUCCCACCAGACAUAGCCGCCUCCCCUCUCCCUCCCACUCCUGCAAGAAGAAAGCACGCAAGAACAGAGAAUCCAAGCUUCCAUCUAGCUGCCUGCACUUAGGUGACUCUUACGUGCAGAUGGUGUCAAGUAUGAGAAAUGAAGGUCGUGCAGCAGCAAAGAGGACAGCUUCACAAGUGAAAGAGAAACUGCAGAAUAUUUGAAAUAAUAUCAUAGGUGUAGUCAUGAAGAUAAUAGCACUUUUCUGCUUUGGGUCUCAUUGUUUUGUUUUAUUUUUGUUUGGGGGGAUUUAUUUGAACUGUGAAUCUAACAUUUUUUAAGAGUUUUUGAAAAAUGUUGAGGUUUUCUUCAUUAUUUCCACAGGAAGUGCAGGAAUGUUGAGUUGGAUUUAUUGAAUUUCAAUGAAGAGAGAAAAUACAGAACAAAAACUAUUAUAUGGUGGUCAAAGGAACUGGAGAGUAGAUAACAAAAUUGAUGCAAGCUGUAUAAUCUGCUUUUAGAGUAAGCUAUAUCAAUCACAGUGCUAUAUUAUCGUUAUAAUCUGGUGUACAAUACUUCUGCCUUUUGAAUUCUGUAAUGGCUCUGUUUUUAUUUCCACGCAUGGAAAGCAGUUCAUUGAAGGUUUCAGUGUCCCUGGUUCAGAAAUCUAUGCUGAGAAGUGGAGUUGGCUGACUUUUCAUUUUCUUGUUCUCAAAGGUUGCAGUAAGGAGCUUAUACAUUUUAAAUGUUGCGUUGAUAACAAUUAACAAUUUCUUUUGCCAUAGCUCUUAACACAUUGGAAGAAAUAGGAGCUUAUUUGCAGGAUUAUUUUGAACACGCUUUAAGUUUUAGAUGGGUCUGUCACUUGCAUUUGAUGGUAAAUUUAUCACUGUUGGAUCCAUGUUUGCUUUGCGCUGUGGAUCCUGAUGAAAAAUGCCACAAAGGGAACUGGUUUGGUGUUUUUUAAGUCAUCAUGAUCUCUGUGUUCCUUUGGUUCUGUUUUGAGAUUACAUAUUUUAGUUGGUAUGAAAAUCAUCCAUGUGCAAAAGUUCUCUUAGAUGCCAUGGCAUGCUGUGGACAGGGAGGAAUUUUUACCUCAUGAGAACAUACGCUGCAUAUACCAUAUCUGGUAAUACAAUGAACUAAGAGACUUCAGAUCACUGAUUUUUCUCCAGGCAUUGGUCAAGGGAGGGCAGCAGAAGAGAAUAAGAACCAAGUGUCUCGCUAGUAGCAUCAGAGGACUUUUGCUGGUUUUGUUUGGUUGCCGCUGUUCUUGUAUGCCACACCUAAUUCCUAAAGCUCCUAAAAACAGUGCGACUAGAAAGCACAUUUUUGAACCUAGCAAACAUCAUUUGGGGUUUUCAGUGCCUGCUGUUUCCUUUGUAAUUAAAAAGGAGAAAUAUUCAACAACCUUGCAUCACCUGAAAUAUUACUGUAACAGUAAACGUCUGAAGCUUUUUGUAAAAAAAGAAAAAAAAAAAAAAAAAAAGAAAAAAAAAAAAGCAAGUACCAAGAGCUUUGUAUCUUCCUGAGUAUAUUAAAAAUUUGACAUGAAUACAUAUAUAUAAAUAAAAAAUCUAUAUAUCUAUAUAUAUAUAUUGUUGUGCAGAGGAUAGGUUAACAAAACCAUGUAAAGUAGUUUGCAGGAGAGGGAAGCAUUUGUUGAUUCAGGGAAAGACUGAUGCCAGAAGCUGUCAGUGAUUUGGAUGACACACGUGCUCCUUCGGCCCCUCCCUUUUGACCCUCAUCUUUUACGUACAUUUCAGUGGUCACUUCGGGAUCCUAGGGAAGGUGAAGUCGCUUGGAGCAAAUUAGGAUAGCAAAGAUGGGGUGGGAGGGUCACCUGCAUGAGAGUCCUGUUGGACCAAAGAUACUUAGCAGAUCAAGGGAAACAAAGAGAUGCGUCUGUGAUUAUCUGCAUUUGUGUCAGGGGCAGUGUCUCUCUGUGUGUAGACAUAAAGUGUGGCAAUGAAACCAGAAACAUAGUCUGACUGUAUAUUAAUUAUAUCAAUGGUGCUCUUUUCAUACUUGUUCUGCCAAUACGCGGAGACCCUUUUAACCAAGCUACACAGAAACGUUUUAUAUCACUUUUGGUUAUGUAUUUGGUGUAUUCUUUUUGUAUAUGAAAGGAUUUUUUUAAAAACGUUCAGUAAUUAGCAAUGGAACCUGCUUUGUAGCUAAUUAGAACAGUGUAAGAGAAGGGCCAUGCUGUCAGUCUGUCCCUGAUCUACUUCAAACCAUAUAUUUACCAAAGGAGUCUGAGCAAAAGUUCACUUAAAAUAAAGACCUGACUGUUGAAAGGAGUCUCUGCUAAGACUUUGUGAUUUAGUGUACACAUAUUUCAAAGCCAGCAAGAGGUUAAUAGAAAACUGCAGGAAGGGGGAAGUGACAUGACUAGGGGCCGAUGAUGUCCAUGACCUCCUAUCCCAGAUACCACGCGGCUCUCAGUGGGGCACGACUGGGACAUUGAAAAUCUGGUUGGAAAUCUACUCCGGGCUCUGUCACUAGUGAGCCAAACCCUAAGGAGAAGGAGCAAAUUCAGACCCUAUCCAACCCCCCCUUCCCACUCCUUACCUCCCCCCCCAAGUGCUUUUCAUAUUUAUACUGCAUCUUGUGACAAGCAAACAAACUUCCCUAUCAGCUGAGAUGGAAUUGGCUGCCCAGGGUCAUUGUAGCAAUCUGUUCUUCUUUCUUUUCCCUAGGAUAAGUGUUCUUGGCAGCCAGGGUUCUUGAGAGUUGACAACAUGGUUUACUGCAACAGGAAAGCAGAGGAUAGUAUACCAAGAGGUGAAAUACCAAAUCCAUGUGCCAAGACUUCCCCUGGGAAUCACGUCUUACCCUUACCCUCCCCAUGCCUUACAGUAAUGAUUGAUUCCAAGGUAUGUAGCAAUAACCAAGAACCCAUCAUUUACAUUUCUGUGUUUUUCUCUUCUCACCAAACUGUUGUUUGGAUGUUGAGGAAGGUAAAUGGACUAGGGGUGUCUUGCAUAUGGGACGAUCACCUUGUACUAUCAGCUCACCAGCCAAAAUCUGUAGCAAGAUACGUUGAACCAGGUCUGGUGAUUUGUCCAAUGCCCUUGUUAUCUGUGGCAACAAGCUCACUUCUGGAAGGCGCUGGUGGGAUGUGCCCACGCCUGCCCUUACCUCUCCCCUUGUUGAUGUGAGUAUGACUGGGCCGUUCGAGCUGUUCUGGGAUGUGAGUAAAUAAACCAGUAAUUGUUGAGUUUAUUUUGGCAGCAGGGACUGUAUGUUAAGAAGGGAAAGUGGCAGUGUGUGUGACUAAAGCUGCAGUAGGGUCUAGAGCCUCCUGCUAAAAGGCAGGCAGUGCUUUUUAGGGCUCAGGAACGUGACCUCCUCUUUUUCUGUUGGCUCCACUGUGAAAACUGGAGGCAAUCUGCCUGCAAAGGGAUGGGGUAGAAGAGAUUUCUACCCAAAGAAAUCCUAGUAGGAGGGGUGGUUGUGGAAGGAAAAGAUGAUGUUGCAAGACUCCUAAUAAAGAGGAGGAAGAGAUUAGAUGGCCCAGUGAGGGCUGAGAUAACGCAGGGGAGGAGAGAGAUGUCUGAUGGCAAGUAGUAACUGCAGAACUUUCAUCCCAGGGAGGUUGCUUGCGCGUCUCCCAGGUAUAUCCACUGAACUGUAGAGGUUAAGAACAGAUAAUCAAAAACAACAAAAUCACUUAACGCUGAUGGGGCCAUUAUGUGUUAAGACUCCCCUGGAGAAGCAUCAAGUUUGGCUGCUGAACACACACAGUAAUUGUGCCUGUGCUUACAGCUUCCCAGGUUGGUCUGCCUGUGCAGAAUCCAGCACAAAGGCAAGGCUUUAGAACAUUUUGUUUCUGUCUUGGAGCUAAAUAGCAAUUUAGCCAAAAGUGUAACUUAACAAAUCAAAGAUGUGUUGCCAGCUUGAAGUGCUCCCCAGGAAACGGUUUGUGCAGCCAGAGGUCCCGAUCUUCUGUGUCCUAUGGGCAAAACACCUGCCUACCUUAGUUCUCCUCUUGUGCACUCAGACAUGCAGAUUCUGAAUGUGUGCAUCAGGAAAGUAAAUCGUGUCCCCUUCGCCAAGACAUCAUAAAAGGGAUUAACUUUGGGACUAGGACCUGACUUGCUGUAAGUGAUGUAUCAAGAAGGCAGGGGUGGCAUGCUUGUUAGAGUCAGUAAGUUCUUGCCAGUUCUGAGGAGGAGUUUUCAGAGAUGCUUUCUAGCAUGCAUGGUUUAUGCUGGGCAAAGCAGUUUUCACUCCUACAGCAGUUUUGUGAGCUUGAAGGUGGUGAGUUACCUUCUGUUACUUGCCUUAAAGUUGAGUUUAUAGGCUCAGCUACCUGUGAGAGGGGCACAUCUUAAACCCUUAGAGUAAGCAAAGCUUCAGAAGCCAAACGGGCGCAUUAGAGACUGAUUAGGGUCUCUUCUCCUAAUGGCCCACUCAGUGAAAACUACAGCGUGCCAAUAGAUUCAGACAGCAGCUUUGUGCUGUCGGGGCUGGAUCCUGCUCUCACAGCUUUUGGAAGUGUUUAUAUAGGCAUAGUUUCUCGCCAAGUUUGUUUUUCUGAUGCCCCUAAAAUCUGGUUUCUCUUUGACAGAGAAUUUCUCAGAUUUAUUGGUACAGUAACUAAUCUAGUGCAUUUAAAGGGAAAGGUGUUACAAACCUCUUCUAUUCUGCCUCGUUUUACAUCGGGGUAGGAUGUUAGGUCCAAUUGCAAGGUGAGGAGGAAGAUAGUGCAGAUACUACAAGGCCUGCCAACCUGGUUCUUACUGUUCAGAAAAGCAAAGUAACUAGACUAAGAAGCUUACUGGUAAUUAGUAGCUAAUGUGUUUGUAACUAUCAUGUGCCUUAAAAUUUUCAUGGUAGGAGAAUAAAAAACAAAUCAACAAUGUGUUUUCUGUAAUACUACUCAACAUUCUCUCUGUAGUUUAGACUGGUGGGGUUUUGCAUUGUAUUUACACUGUACUAUAAACUGAAACACUUAGAAUGGUUUGAUUUUACCAGUAUGGAGAGAAAAAAGGUGGAUUAUGCUUUUCAUAGAACAAAUGUUACCGUGACAGAAUGUAUUAUUAUUAUAGGAUCUUUCCAUAAUGCAGACAAGUAGAAUGCUUGUUAGAAACCAGGUAUGUAGGAUAACAAUUUGGUGUGUUUUCAAUAAACCAUGCCUGGAAAGAA